AAAUCAGCUGUUUCUGUACGUCCACAUCCGUUUUUGGUAUGAUAUCAGUUGUCUUUAAGAAAUUAAGAAUAAUUUUAUCGUACACUGUAAUAUAAUAAUACUAAAAAAGUUUGGAAAUUGUUAAAUAAAAAUGCCAACCCGACCAUAUAAGCGAAAAGCCCAAGCAAAGGAGACUAAAACUGCAUCUAAAGAUGACAGUUCAACUAAAGAUAAUAAAUCACAAUUCACUCAGCCAAGUGCAUCAAGGAAUGUUUCUACUAACACUUUAGAACGAAUGUUACUUCAUAAUUCCGAAGAAUUGAAAUUACGUGAAAAACAUUGUUUAUUUCCUGCAUUCAAUGUGGGCAGAUUUCCAGUUAACAGCGCUGAUGAAUUGCGUUUGUAUCCAAGUUUCAACGUUUCCAUGCCAUGUCCAAUUUAUAUCGCCAGCAACCAUUACGAAAAUGUGGAUAUAUGUCACCGUCGUACAAUGGCACGAGAGAUAUAUCGCAAACGUUUACACACAUCACGGACUCGUUACCAAACAGUACAAAAAGAUAAAAAGUUCAAAACUAACACAAAAGAAGAUAUUUAUCAUAACUCAUUUUUUGAAUUGGCUAAACGUUUGGAAUGUGAUCCCGAUCCGUACUUUCACGGUAGUUACGAUUAUUACUACACUGGAGGAAAUCUUUGCAUAUUAGGGGAUGGAGAACACAUAUUGCAUGUGGAUGGUAAAAACAUGGACAAUUUGCAUGUGGGUGUAUUACCGAAAUUUACUAGUUUUACUAGCAGUUUUCUCAAUCCCAUUAGUUCGCAACAAAGUGGUGGUGAAGUGUUUGAGGUACGUUCAAUACAAAAUCUGUGUGCAGAUUCCGCGAUGUCCUUUGCUUUGCGUCAACGUAACUGCAUCAAUUUCUACAGCAUUCCUUCCACUGGUAAGAUGAAGGCUAUAACGCGGUUCAAUAGCACGUCCACUCCAUUUAUAAGUUUCGCACAGUCCCCUAUCGAUUUGAGUACUUUUAUUAUAACAACAAUGAAACAAAGUGUACGAGUUUAUGAUGUGACUUCACGAACACCGACACUUACGGCAACACAUGACAUUUGCACCAGAGAUGAUGCUAUGAGAAUAAGUUGGAAUAUGGUAAGACCAUGGCAAGGUCAAACAUUUUUAUAUGCCAACGAAAAUAAAUUUUUCGUCAUCGAUACGCGCACCACACCGGAACAGUGGUUAAAUAGUUGCAGUUGCGAUGAAACAAACACGUAUGAUUGUGAUUUUAUAUCAUCAAUUGCCAAAAGUGAAUUUCGCGAUUUGGCAUACGUGGCGACCAAUCAUAAAUUACACUGUUUAGAUUUGCGCUAUUUAGGUGGCAAUAUGGAAUCGGGCGCAGGUGCGGUGUGCCGCUGGACACAUCAGUUAGAAUAUGCGCCUGCUUUUAUGGAUAUUUACCAACUGGGAGCUGUAGAAUUUAUAGCACUCAGUAGCGCUUUAGCUGAUGAUAUGUGUAUUUGUGAACUCACGCGUGAGCAUGCGGGGCAAAUUGUCGAAGAUAAUGGUGUAAAUGUUAGUAAAUCGCCGUUAAAGAGUCCCUCAAAAAGAAGUUUAUAUAAAUCUUAUUGCCUACCAUAUCAACCACCAACUCUACAGGAUGCUUAUCAACAGGCGCGUUCUGUCGGUAAAUGUUUGCAGCCCGAUGCAGAUUUACCAACGCGCAUAUCGCGUUGCAGUACGGGCUUAGCUUUCUACGAUACAUCAACUUUUCCAGAAUGUAUGGGUGAAGACGAUUGUGAUACGUUUACAUUAUUGCUUUCAUCGAAUUCAAUUGGCGAUGUAUUUGCACACCGUUUAAUUGAACAGGAUACUGCUGAGCCUGAGGCACGCUUAAGGUCCGCAACUGAGGUUGAGAACACAAUGUGUGAAUAUGCAAAACGUGUUUGUGAACUCACACAGCCCCGUCUAAAUUGUACAGAGGUGGUUAACUUAGAAGCUAUGCGUAAGGUGUUUCGCUGCAAUACACUUAGCAUUCCACUCAACUUUGAAGAAGAUAAUAAAACCAAAGCGGAUAUAACACCCGUUAGAAAACGCGGUUUGGGUCGCUGGCAAAAACCCAUACAAACACUACAUUCUUACAAGGAUGCUUUAGUGCAAGACAUACUCUCCAUUUGGGAUAUAGACUACGAAGACGAUAAAAAGGCGAUUUCUUUCUCGCAUAUCAAAAAAGGUUUGGGUGUCAAACCUGAUCCAGAGAGCCUUGUUACCGAUUGGUUAAAUGAAAAUAUCAAAGAAGAAAAACCGAAAUUAAUACAGCGAGAGUCAAUGAAUUCGACCAGUAAAUGGCAAAGCGAGCAAUUAGAUUCUUCUGCUAUGACAAUAGUACAUGAAAAUCUGUCUUAUAAAAUCGAGACUUUCAAUGAUAAUGAGUACACGCUUGAUGCUCUAAAUGCUUCAUUUAUAAGCGAGUUUAUGCCGCCACAGCAAUCGACUCAACUCACCGAGGCAAUACUCAAUAUGCCGGGUUCGCCGACUGAACAAGAAGAGUUCAUACCAGUCAAGCCGAAACCGAAGGAAAAACCAGUUAAGAAGAAGUCCAAAUAUGUCAAAGGAUUUUGAUAAAUCCAAAACAAAACUAGACGAAUAAGCAAAACAUAAACUCAUUUAUAUUCAUUUUCAUGACGAAGAUUUAAUUUAAAAACUUCAAUUAAUCAUGUGCUGUAACUGUUAUUUGUAAGUUGUUGUAGAAGUUGAUUCUAUGGACGUCAUUCUCUAAUUAAUUAAUUACAAUUUAGAAACAUUUUCGAAUGCUCACCAACUUUUCAGUGGUGGAUUUUAUUACAGUUAUGAUCAAUUAAGUAUUAAAUCAUUAUCAUUAAAUUUUUAUAAAUAAUAAUCUCUUUUUUUAUACAUA